AUGAAAUCAAAUAUCAUAAAAUUGCUGCUUAUUGCUAUCUGUAUCAGCGAUAAUGUCGCUGCGAAUUGUGAAGAGGUUACGGCCUCAGGCGAAACAAAGAGCUUCGUUGUAAAAGGGAGUGGCACGGGCUGCCAGUACCGUGUCAAAUCGGAUUCCGGUAAAGCGGUGAAGGUCUACGUCAAUGAGACGAGUGGAACCAAUUGUGUGAAGGCGACUAGUGGAGAUAGAUCAGAAACUCUGUGUCCAAAAGGUGCAACGACUGUAUUCACAUCCACCUCGGCGAUUGAUGUGAGUGCGGACUCCGUCACGACUACUACAGCCGCUGCUACAACCACAGUAACACCUACAACUACACCAAAUCCAAUUCAACCACCAUCAGAAAAUGGGGAGGGAAAGAAAGGUAGUCAAAAAGACCCGGGUGCUGAUGAAAAAACAUCGAAGGAGAAGGGGGCAGAACCUCAAGGAGAUAAGAAAAAUGGAAAAGAAAAAUCGGCGGAAGAAAAUGGGACAUCAGUGGAAAAGUUACCACAGGAACCUCCGAUUGCUGCUGCUAGUCGCCUAAUGAGACAAGCUAGAGAUAUCUCAACCAGCGCUGCAUCUAACGACGUAACGGUGUACUACGUGUUGGGUACUAGCAGUAGUGCCUGUGGCGGAAAUUCUGGCGCUGUUCGCUCUUGUCCUACCUCGACUGCUGUCCAAGUCUAA